AUGAUGGGUGCCGAACCGUCCUCCCACCAUGGGGAGUCUAUCUUCCAGGCCGAGCAGCCAAGCCUCGAAUCCUCCUCACAGAGCAGCCAGAUUGAGAAGCCCAAGGGCCCAGUUGGUGUCGAUACUCCAAUUCCCCGGCUCACUAUGCGGUCCCUGGUGAUGGCCCUCUUCGUCUCCAUGGGUGGUCUACUCUUUGGGUACGAUACUGGUCAGAUCUCUGGCUUCCAGGAGAUGUCCAACUACUUGCAGCGAUAUGGUGAGCUUGGAGCGGAUGGUUCAUACUCAUUCACUCCCACGCGCUCGGGUCUUAUUGUCGGCUUGCUCUCCAUCGGUACCCUGAUUGGCGCCCUGGUCGGUGCCCCUGUCGCUGAUAUGCUGGGCCGCAAGUGGUCUAUCACCGUCUGGUGUUUGAUCCUCAUUGUCGGUCUGAUUGUCCAGAUUACCGCUCCCGACGGUCACUGGUAUCAGGUGGUCAUUGGCCGUUGGGUCACUGGUCUGGGUGUCGGUGGUUGCUCACUACUUGUGCCCAUGUACCAGGGUGAAAGUGCUCCUCGUCACAUCCGCGGUGCCAUGAUCAGUUGCUACCAACUGUUUGUCACCCUCGGAAUCUUUUUGGCCUACUGCAUCAACUUGGGUACCCACAACAUGGACGGGACUGCUCAAUGGCGCAUUACUCUUGGGAUCACUUUCCUAUUCGCCGUGGUCCUCGGCGGUGGUAUGAUCUUUUUCCCCGAAAGCCCCCGGUACGAGUUCCGCCACGGAAAGGCCGAGAGUUGCCAACAGACACUCGCCAAGCUUUAUGGUAUCCCGGAGAACCACGUCCGCAUUAUCGAAGAGAUGAACGAGAUUCGUGAACAAUUCGAAGCCGAGUCUGACGGUCAGAAGUGGCAUGAGUUCCUCACUGCCCCUCGCAUGUUCUAUCGCCUCGCACUGGGCAUGGUCCUGCAAUCACUCCAGCAACUCAGUGGAGCUAACUACUUCUUCUACUACGGUACCACCAUCUUCGAAGGCGCUGGCAUCUCCGACAGCUUCAUCACCCAGGUCAUCCUUGGCGCCGUCAACUUUGGCACUACAUUUGGUGGCUUGUAUGUCGUGGAAAACUUUGGCCGCCGCAAGUCCCUCAUCUUUGGCGCAAUCUGGAUGUUUGUCAUGUUCAUGAUCUUCGCGUCCAUCGGUCAUUUCGUUUUGGACGUGGAAAACCCUACCAACACCCCUAAUGCUGGCAAGGGUAUGAUUGUCGUGACUUGCUUGUUCAUUGCGGCCUAUGCUAUGACAUGGGGUCCUAUGGUCUGGGCCAUUGUUGCGGAGCUGUUCCCCUCAAAGUACCGUGCUAAGGGUAUGGCCCUGGCCACCGCAACCAACUGGCUGUGGAACUUCCUCAUCAGCUUCUUCACCACCUUCAUCACCAAGGACAUCGAUUUCGCCUAUGGGUAUGUCUUCGCUGGUUGCCUCUUUGUGGCGGCCGGUAUUGUCUACUUCUUUGUCAUUGAAGGCAAAGGCCGCACACUUGAGGAACUGGACUGGAUGUAUGUCAACAAGGUGGUUCCUUGGAAGAGCAGCAGCUUCGAGAUCCCCGAGCGUCACGAGGAUUGGAUCGCGGAGGAGAACCCAUACGGUCGCAAGCAGCAGCGCGCUCAUGCGGAGGACGCAUGA